AUGAAAGAUUUUUACAAAUAAUUGAUUUUUAUUUUCCUUCCCUUAUACGUAAUAGAUUCACAUGCUUUUCUCCGUAUUCCCGUUACCCUUCCCGCAGUUUUUAAGCAAGUAGUUACUAAGUAUGCAAAAAUAAUCGAAAGCAUAUUUACACUACCCAAGAGAAUACAUAAAAAAUAGAAAUCAAUUAUUUUUGAGGAAAAAAAUCUUUCAUUAUUAUAGUUAUUGGGGUGGCAGAUCUAUCUUUAGGGAAAAAAUGAGAUAGCUAAACCAUACCCUCGGCAGGCGAAAUUGAGCAUAAAUCAGCAAUUUAAAAUUGUCUCAUACAGUUCAUCUCUAGAAAUGCCUUCACAACAUCUCGUGCUCUAAGAAAAAUAAAUAAAGAAAUAAAUAAAUUAAUUAAAAAAUAAAAAUAAAAAAUAUUAAAUUAUAAAAAAAUGA